CAAAUUCUCUUCCCCAAUCAAAAAAAAAGAAAAAAAGAAAACAAAAAGAUAGCCCAUUUUUGGACCAAUAGGAAAAAUCCUUCUAAACUCUCGUAUUCUCUCGUACUUGCUCUUUCUCUUCUCCGAUCGGAUUCUCCACCAAAAAAUACCCUAGCCCAGGCAGCUCCGAUCAAAUCAGGAAACAAAAUGGAUGGAUCAGGAGGAAGAGGAGGAAGUGGAGUGGAUAAUGUCUUACCGAAUUACAAACUUGGAAAAACGCUUGGUAUUGGUUCGUUUGGAAAGGUUAAAAUUGCUGAACAUGCUUUGACUGGUCAUAAGGUUGCUAUUAAGAUUCUUAAUCGGAGAAAGAUUAAGAAUAUGGAGAUGGAGGAAAAAGUUAGAAGAGAGAUCAAAAUUUUGAGAUUGUUUAUGCAUCCUCACAUCAUACGACUCUAUGAGGUGAUAGAGACAGCAACAGACAUUUUUGUGGUUAUGGAAUAUGUGAAGUCUGGAGAACUCUUUGAUUAUAUUGUAGAGAAAGGAAGAUUGCAGGAGGAUGAAGCUCGAAACUUUUUUCAGCAGAUAAUUUCUGGGGUGGAGUACUGCCACAGAAAUAUGGUCGUUCAUCGAGACCUUAAGCCAGAGAAUUUGCUUUUGGAUUCUAAAUGCAAUGUGAAGAUUGCCGAUUUUGGCUUGAGCAACAUAAUGAGAGAUGGCCAUUUUCUGAAGACAAGUUGUGGCAGCCCAAACUAUGCUGCCCCAGAGGUUAUUUCUGGGAAAUUGUAUGCUGGACCUGAAGUGGAUGUAUGGAGUUGUGGUGUUAUAUUGUAUGCACUUCUUUGUGGGACCCUUCCUUUUGAUGAUGAAAACAUUCCCAACCUCUUUAAGAAAAUAAAGGGUGGCAUAUACACUCUUCCAAGCCAUUUAUCUCCUGGUGCUAGAGAUUUGAUCCCACGAAUGCUUGUAGUUGAACCAAUGAAGAGAAUGACCAUUCCUGAGAUACGCCAGCACCCGUGGUUUCAAGCACAUCUUCCGAGAUAUUUAGCUGUUCCCCCACCAGAUACAAUGCAACAAGCAAAAAAGAUUGAUGAGGAGAUCCUUCAGGAAGUUGUGAGGAUGGGAUUUGAAAGGAACCAGCUGGUUGAAUCUCUUCGCAACAGAAUUCAAAAUGAGGGAACUGUUGCUUACUACUUACUAUUGGACAAUCGAUUCCGAGUCUCCAGUGGUUAUCUGGGAGCUGAGUUUCAAGAAACUAUGGAAUCUGGCUUCAAUCGCAUGCAUCCAAGUGAACCUACUGCUCCAGCUGUUGGACACCGCCUUUCAGGAUAUGGUGAUUAUCAAGCUGUGGGUUUAAGGGGCCUUGAGAGGAAAUGGGCUCUUGGACUUCAGUCUCGAGCCCAUCCUCGUGAAAUUAUGACAGAAGUUCUCAAAGCUCUGCAAGAACUCAAUGUCUGUUGGAAGAAGAUAGGGCAUUACAACAUGAAGUGUAGGUGGCUUCCAAGCAUUCCUGGUCAUCACGAAGGCAUGGUUGACAAUCCUGUAAACAAUAAUCACUACUUUGGGGAUGAAUCAACCAUUAUUGAAAAUGAUGGUGUUAUCAAGACGCCAAAUGUUGUCAAGUUUGAAGUGCAGCUUUACAAAACUCGUGAGGAGAAGUAUCUGUUGGAUCUUCAGAGGGUUAACGGGCCACAGUUUCUCUUCUUGGAUCUUUGUGCUGCAUUUCUUGCUCAGCUCCGGGUCCUCUAACAUGAGAAGGCUAUAUUUACAAGGACCCUUGUCCAUGAACCUCCUAUGAUGCAUGUGAAUAAGAACAUUUGAUGUAUAUAACUCAUUUUCUUUUUGUUUUUUUUUUUAGUUUGACUAAACCUUCACUUUGUUCUUGUAACCCUCCAUUUUAGAUGGGUGAUUGUGGAGUCAGUCCUCAACACUAGUGUUGGCCAAUUACUGUGUUAGUCCAGGUUUGUGACACAGUUUGCCCUAAUCAUAACUAGGGUUUCCACAAUAUUAUGGAACCAAAGGGAAAUUUUUAUGAAUUAUCAUAUGAUAGAAUUAACCUUGUGGUCUUUUGGA